GUGGCCGUGGUCAGUGCCUUCGCUCAGACUCUGAGACGUUACACCAGUUUGAACCACUUGGCCCAGGCAGCUCGGGCCGUCCUGCAGAACACCUCCCAGAUCAACCAGAUGCUGUCCGACCUCAACAGGGUGGACUUCGCUAACGUCCAGGAGCAGGCGUCGUGGGUGUGUCAGUGUGACGAGAGCGUGGUCCAGCGUCUGGAGCAGGACUUCAAAGUCACCCUGCAGCAGCAGAGCUCCCUGGAUCAGUGGGCGACCUGGCUCGACAACGUGGUCUCUCAGGUCCUGAAGCCGCACCAGGGCAGCCCCAGCUUCCCCAAAGCUGCUCGGCAGUUCCUGCUCAAAUGGUCUUUCUACAGCUCCAUGGUGAUCAGAGACCUUACUCUGCGGAGUGCAGCCAGUUUCGGCUCCUUCCACCUGAUCCGUCUCCUGUAUGACGAGUACAUGUUCUACCUGGUGGAGCAUCGAGUGGCUCAGGCCACCGGAGAAACUCCCAUCGCUGUCAUGGGCGAGUUCAGUGACCUGACCUCCAUGAUGCCUUCACUCCUGGAGAAAGACGCGUCCUUCUCUGACGAGAUGAGCGACCUGGGCAGCGACGCCGACACCUCCAGAGGACCUACUGAGCCGGCUGUCAAGAGAGAGAGGAUCGACAUGAGCCACCCUCUGCAGGAGAUGUGAGUCCAGUCCAGACAGGAAGCCACGAGGACCAGCUUCACCGGCUCUAAGAGGUGUGACCCUGCAGGGGCCUUCUGAGGCCUUACGGGACACAAGUGGCUUUUUUCUAGCCGAGCACAACGCAUCCCUCUGCAGUCGGUGUGUGCAGUGUACAUAGAGAGUAGCAAUGUCAGUCCCCCCCCCCCCCUCCCCCUCCCCCCUCACUAGUUUGUAAAGUUGGUGAUCUUUGUCCCAGGAAACUCUCGUCUUUUCUUUCCUCACGGGGGCGUUAACACAGGUCGGAUUCUGUUUCCUUUUUGUUUUUUGUUGCAACUGUGAAUGACUUUGUGCAGUACCUUUCUAUUGGAUGUGUAUCUUCGAGUGCUGGUGUGUGGUGUUUGUGUGACUCUUUUUGUUCCUCUCUCUCAAAUUUCAAACUAGUUGUGCCAUAGUGUCAUUUGAGUGCCUUAGAUCGCCAACUUUGAAAGCACCAGUGCAGAUGCUGUCCAUCUGUCCCUCAGCUGUGCCUCUACCGCAGUAUGAAUGUAUCGUCUCCGAACCUCUGACGUUCGAAGCACCUUGAGCGUCGGUCGGGUGUCGGCGUCUGCUCCUCGUUGCCUCACACGGAAGAAAAAGAGAGAAUAGAAUCACCAACAUGCAACCUAAUGACCCAAAGGACCUUUUCCCUCAGUCCAUCCCACCAGCUCAGUCCGUCAGGCAGGGAACAGUCUAUCACCUGGGCUGUGUACACUGAUAGUUUGUUUACCUCAAUAGAUUUCUAUGCUGUGCUCCGUUCGGCUCAGAUGACACGAGGCAAGUAUUAAAAAAAAGAAAAGAUGUAGCCACUGUUUGUGUGUCCCAUGUAAAUAAGUCCUCCCGGAACAUGAAUUCAGGAUCCAGGGACUGAUGUGUGCCGACCGGCUGUGGUUUCACUCCAUCAACACCGAGUUGGGAACGAAUCCAGAUCAGUAAUCUUAACGAUGAUGGGAUGUUAAACUGGAAUCAGGUCGGAUUGUCCUGAUUACAACUGGUCUUACAUUUCAAAGGGAAGAUGAAGCUCUGGGCCUUUAAAACCAAAACCCUGAUCCAAGGAAAAGGACGUGGUUGGCAUCUGAACCGGCACACACACCCCCCCCCCCACAACCACCCCCCCCCAGACGCCGAUACUCAAACCUCAUGCUGUUACUCAGAUAAAGUCUUAUACUCCGUUUGGAUUAGAUAGAAGAAAAAAAUACAGUUCGUGAUUGGGGGAAUUUGUCCAUAACGAUAAAUUAUAUAUAAAUAUAUAUAUAUAUCUUUAUAUGAUGUAGAAAUGAUGUGUGUGCUCUGUGGCCUUCGGUCUUUGCCUAAUCGCUCUCCUCAAACUGUACCAGACGUGUAAUUGAUUAGACUGAUGUGUGUGUGUGUGCGUGAAAAAUCGGUUUCCAAUCUCGAUUGUUCAAUGUGUGAGAUUCAGUUUCUACUUGUGGUGACGUGCACCCGAGUAAACCUGUUAAACUGUCACAAGAGAAAUCUCUAUUUAUAUGAAAUCUUCUGCUUUGAUCCACAGAAGCUUUGUGUUUGGUUGACCCCCCCCCCAUCCCCUCAUAUGAUUUUGUCGUAGCGAUGAGAAACCUCGAGCUUGACUUUAUUUAAGGCUUUUUGUAACUUGUGCCUCUCGUCACAGUCGUUUGCCUUCAAGUCCUUUGGGGAUUUAAACAACAACAAAAAAAAGUUCUUUCUAAGUGUACAUUGUAAUGUUUUGUAAGGCUGUUUUAGAUUUUUGGGCGGAGGAUUAUUUUUUAUUGAACUAGAUUUGGUUCCUCACAAGUAUACUGAACCCUUAUUUUUGUGUAUUUUUAAGCCUGUUCUUGACUACACUUUAGCUAGCCCAAGGACGGAUGAUGGUCUGUAAGAAACUGCAUAGUUCAGCUGUAUUUUGUACUUGGUCACGAUGUGUAAUAAAUUGGUGUAAACCAAAAACCA